CGCCUCCCCUCACCAUAGUCGCUGAGUUGUAUCCUCCUCUCUUUCUUCAUUCAAUUCUGCGAACCCUCUCUUCUCGCUCAUUCAUCAACAAUGGCGGAUCAGCUUACCGAUGAUCAGAUCUCUGAAUUCAAGGAGGCGUUCAGCCUAUUCGAUAAGGAUGGAGAUGGUUGUAUCACAACCAAAGAACUCGGGACCGUGAUGAGAUCACUCGGACAGAACCCAACUGAAGCGGAACUCCAAGACAUGAUCAACGAAGUCGAUGCCGACGGUAACGGGACAAUCGACUUCCCGGAGUUUCUCAACCUCAUGGCCCGCAAAAUGAAGGACACGGAUUCCGAAGAGGAGCUCAAAGAAGCUUUUAGGGUUUUCGAUAAGGACCAAAACGGUUUCAUUUCUGCAGCUGAACUCCGCCACGUCAUGACCAAUCUUGGUGAAAAGUUGACCGAUGAAGAGGUUGAUGAAAUGAUCCGUGAGGCUGACGUGGAUGGUGAUGGUCAGAUUAACUAUGAGGAGUUUGUUAAGGUUAUGAUGGCUAAGUGAGUGUUUUUAAUAUUUUUUAAAUUUUAAAAAUUGAGUUGAAAAAAGAAAGAAAAAAAGGUUGAAGAA